CAAUCGCGUCGCUUGCGGAUUCCGAAAGCCGCGUGCGUUGUGGGAGAUUGACUCGGCGUUCUGGGUUUGUGUUUGUCUUUAUAAGUCAAUUAGUGGGACAAAGUAAGUAACACGUAGUCGCCCGCGACGUUCAUCGGCGUUACGGAUUAGGGUCUGUUGCUGAAGAAUGUUACGAUGGUGUUUUCUGUUUAAACGCCAAGACAUCUGAACGUGCCUGAGCCUGGCUCAAAUGAGACGUUAACCCUCUCAGGCCUAACGGUGGCUGUAAUGUUACAUUCUGGGAUGAGUCGCGUGGUGACGUUCCUGCGCAGCAAGCUGGGCAUGCUGCGAGUGCACAUUGGCACCGACUACCUGGGCAACAAGUAUUACCUGGUGCCCGAGCAGCGCACGUGGGCUGGUCGCACUGUGCGUCCGCGCCGUUUGGUGGAGGCGUCGAAGUCCAGCACGGCCGACUACGACGGCGACAACAUCCCCAUGGAGUGGCAGGCGUGGAUGCAGGGAAAGAGGGAUGGUGCCCCGACCAUAGAGGAGGUGUCUCGCCGGGAGGCAACGAGCCACCUGGUGGCCGAGCGGGGCCGCCUGAGCGAGAUCAAGGAUGAGGAGGCCCAGCAGCGCGCCUACGAGGAGGGACUGGUGGCGCGUGCGGCCACGCGAGCUCCGGGCCACGCCGCGCUGACCCACGGCGCGCCGCUAGGCCCGUCGCCCGAGCCCGGCGGCACUGCCGGCAAGUUCCAUCCAGGAUCGUGGCUCCCGGGUGAGGGGGCGGACACCGGCGGAGGGGGUAAAGCGGCGACUACAGGACGGGACGGCGGUGGCUUCCAGCCGGAAAGUUGGACACCUGGACAAGAGGGCACGAAACAAUGAGCCCUUGCCCAUCGUCGAUUCCUUUCCACCCGGUUAUGUACAACCCAGCAUUUCCAAUUUUGGGAGUCGUGUCAAGGAUUAAAUGGUUAAAGGUUGCAGCCGCUGCAAUUGGUUGCUUACGCCACUGCUGAAUUUAAAACUUACAAACUAAACUAGUUUUAUUUUAGCAGGUAAGGCCUACUGA